CAAGUUUGGAAACUGCAACUCUGGCAAUUCCACAACACACGUUACUCUCUAAGGUUAUAUAGUUACCAAUAUUUGCCUCCACUUAGAAAAAAAAACGUUAAUAUUAUUAACUCACACUCUCUCUAUCUUCCAUUGUUUCUUCUUCAAUUCCAUCUCAAGAUGCAGGACCAAGAGGAUCAUCAACAUGUGGUGGUGGGGUGCAAGGAUCAAAUGCAAAUGAUCAUCAAGGGAAAGCGAACAAAGCGUCAACGGCUGCCGUCCCCGCUUAGGCUAACCAUGUCAACAACAACUACAUCUAAUUCCAGUGCUACAACAACAACAACCUCAAUUGAUCAUGAACUCAGGAACAGCACAACAGAAGAAGAGGAGGACAUGGCCAAUUGUUUGAUUCUUUUGGCUCAAGGCAAUCAUCAUCACACACAGAAAAAAUUUGCCUCAUCAAAGUUACAGCUUGUGGAUCUUAACAACAACAACAACAAUAAGGAAAGGCUUUACCUUUAUGAGUGCAAGACAUGUAACAGAUGUUUUUCCUCAUUUCAAGCACUUGGUGGACAUAGAGCAAGUCACAAGAAACUUAAGGCAAAUAAUGCUGCUGCUUCUUGUGCACCAGAUCAAAAGGAAGCAAUUACUACCACUUUUGUGAAUGACCAUCAUGGUUUUGAACACCCCACAAACACAAACACAAACACUAAUCUUACAUUGCAAUUAUCAAGCAGGGGUUUGUAUGGCAGCAGCACUGUGACUCCAACCACAACAAAAUCAAAAGUUCAUGAGUGUUCGAUUUGCGGGGCUGAGUUCCAAUCUGGACAAGCCUUGGGGGGACACAUGAGGAGGCAUAGAAUUUCUGUGAGCAAUUCAGCUGCAAUAUCCAUGAGUGAUAUUGGUGCAAAUAACCAAGAAGCCAAGAAAGCCAGAAAUAAUGUUUUGAAGCUGGACUUGAAUCUUCCAGCACCUGAGGAUGAUAACAGCAGGGAAUCCAAGUUUCCGUUUCAGUCCAAGGAGAAAGUUAUUGUUUUCUCUGCAACUUCUUUGGUGGAUUGCCAUUACUAAAGUUGUUCAAGUCUCAUUGCCUUCAGGAUUCACAUUCUUUGUAACUUUUUUUUAUACACUUAGCUAAUUUGUUGUACACAAUUGUUUAUUGUUGAUUCUUUCCAUUCAUUACAAUUGAAUUUGAAUUUGUUCACUCA